AGGUUUUCAGAUUUGUGGUGGCAUAGGUCCUGAUCCAUUAGCUUCGGAUGCUAAUGCCAUUAAAACAGAUACACUCAAAUUAGAUAAAAAUGUGGAUUGUGUAAUAUCAGCUCUUGAUUUACAUAUUAGUUAUAUUAAAAUUCUUAAAGCAGCAACUUAUCUUAAUCGACCAAAUGUUCUUUUCUUAGCUACAAAUGAUGAUGCAAGUCUUCCACAAAGCGAUGAAAUUGUUAUGCCUGGUGCGGGUGCGGUUUUAGCUUCUGUUGCAGCAGCUUCAUGUCGUGCGCCAACAAUACUUGGUAAACCUCAUGCACCAAUGUUUGAUGCUAUUCGUUUAGCAUUUCCAGAUGUUGAUCCUAAACGAACAGUCAUGAUUGGUGAUCGUGUUGAAACUGACAUUGCUUUUGGUAAUCGACAAGGUGCAACAACAUUACUUGUGUUUAGUGGAGCAACAAGCGAGAAAAGUUUAAAUAAUCUUAAACAAAGUGUUGAAAAGAAAACCGCAGAACAAGAUAAUUUACCAAAUUUUUGUGUUAAAGAUGUUGGACAGUUUUUACAAUUUCUUCAAUCUACCGAAAAAAAAUAG